UUGCCUAUGAAAGGGGCUGGGCAAGCUGGUUGUCACACCAACAAACUGCUUCUAAGGUAAUGAACGCUGGCAGAAGUUAAAGCUCGUUAUGCAUAUUAAGGAAGUAAUUUCAAGUGCCAGCACCUGUGUUAGAAGGCAUUCCUAUUAAAGCUGACCCCAGGAAGCUCCUGCAGUGAGUGCUUUUAGGGUCUUACUGGGGACUUGAAGGCUGCCUGGACUGGAGCAGCGGGCCUGUGCAGCGUGUUGGCUACUGCUGCUUGUGGCAGACCCCUUCCUGUGCUGUCCCUGUCCUGCACAGCUCUGGCCUCCCAUCCCCUGGCCUGAACAGGGUGGCUGUGGAGAUGAGAGCAGGGCAGGUGCUGCUUGUGCUGUUGGCUGCCUCGGCAGUGAUGCCCGCGAAGGACCCGUUGCUGAAUGUCUGUAUGGAUGCCAAACACCACAAAACCAAGCCUGGCCCAGAAGGGACACUGCAUGGCCAGUGUGCUCCCUGGAAGGACAAUGCCUGCUGCACAGCCAACACGAGUUCAGAAGCCCACAGGGACCAGUCUUACCUGUACAACUUCAACUGGAACCACUGUGGGGUGAUGCCAUCCAAGUGCAAACGCCACUUCAUCCAGGACACAUGCUUGUAUGAGUGCUCACCCAACCUGGGGCCCUGGAUUGACCAGGUUGACAGCAGCUGGCGUCGGGAGAGGAUUCUCCAUGUGCCACUCUGCAAAGAGGACUGUGAGGAGUGGUGGGAGGACUGCAAGGACUAUGUCACAUGCAAAGACAACUGGCACAAGGGCUGGAACUGGGCAACAGGAACAAACCGCUGUCCUUGGGGCUCCAUAUGCAGGCCCUUCACCGAAGUGUUCCCUGAACCAAAAGACCUGUGUGAGAAGAUCUGGUCCAACUCCUACAAAUACACCACAGAGCGUCGGGGCAGUGGACGCUGCAUCCAGAUGUGGUUUGACCCUGCCCGGGGGAACCCCAAUGUGGUUGUGGCGAAGUACUAUGCUUGGAAGAAGAGAUCCUAUCCUGUGGGGAUGGAGAAUGUGACUCCUGAGGCUGGUAAAGCUGUGUGUGCACUGCCAUGGCCUGUCCUGGUCCUGCUGCCUCUGGCCCUGGUGUUGCUCUCUGAGAGAGUGAGAAGCUGUGGGCCCAUGCAUGGGGGUCCCUGUGACAGCUCCCCAAAGGCACGUGGCUUUCCCUGCUCUGAAGGAAUGGGCUCCUGCAGCAGAAGCUGGUGUGGGUGAAACCUAGGUCUGGCCAAACUGGUGAUGUGCGCCAGCAUAUGUUCAGCAUGAAUGGUUGGACCUUGACAGCUGCUGCUGCUUUCAGCUGCUGAUGAAGGCAGUUACUUCUGUUAUUUCUCUGCAGCCCUGGGGAGGGCAGUACCAGGCAUCCUUCUCAUCUGGAGCUCCUUCAUGUCUGUUCUCACACUGUGCUUGCUGUCUCCUGUCGAUAGGGCAGGUGCUGAUGGCUGUGCUCUGUAUUGGUAGUGUUAGUUCAGGGUCUUCAGCUGAGCUCUAGUGUUCGGUCCUUUCUUGACUCCCUGAAGAGUUGGUAAUAAAAGUAUUGCUCUGAA